CGCCUUUACCACGUUAUUUUCCUUAAGUUUCUUCUAGACUUUGUAAGAAUAAGAAAAAGCUGCACAGUGGUAUCAAGAAGUUUGGCAGUUAUUUGGAGAAAACACUGACGUGAUAAUACGUUUAAGCAGAUUGAGCUGAUAAGAACAUGAGCAGUUGAUGAAAUAUUGUCUUGAUGAGGCGAGAGGUGAUUAGUGUGAGCAAGGUCAACCGAUAUUAAGAAAUCAAUAAUUAAUGAUCAGACUAGUUUUCUAACUGAACAUUGGAGUAGUUAGUAUACAAUUCUCAUGGGCUAGAAGAGGAUAGAAGAUAUUUAUUCUCGGAAUCCGGCGUGCUCGACUGAUACUCAGCUUAGUAUUCAUUUCAGUCUACUCUGAGAAUCUAUCGGAGACGCUCUUUUCCAAGUAAAUUGUUGGAGAAAAUGGCAGCGAACAAUAUUGAGGGGUGUGUACCCACAUUUGGGGAAAAAAUCAAUAGUUUGAACGUGAUAAAUUCCCGGCCGAAAUCUCCAGACGUUGAGUUAUCAUACAUGGGAAAACCAGAAGGAAGAGUUCUGGUACUCUACACAGGAGGAACUAUCGGAAUGAUGAGAAAUGCUAAGGAUGUAUUAGCACCAGUUCCGAACAAAUUUGUUACGACUGUGAAACAAUAUCCUCAUAUGUAUGAUCGUGCAUUUGCUACUGAGAGAUUUGGAAGUUCAGGAUUGUUAGCACUACCAAUGACCGUCACAGAGAGUCGACGUGUUAUUUACGACAUAAGAGAAUAUUCACCACUAUUGGACUCAAGCAAUAUGACGAUGAAUGAUUGGAUUAAAAUUGCUAAGGAUAUCAAAGAUUCUUAUGAAUUUUUUGAUGGAUUCGUCAUUCUCCAUGGAACGGAUACUCUGAGUUAUACUGCAUCUGCACUUUCAUUUAUGUUGGAAGCACUGGGCAAACCAGUGAUACUCACCGGAUCCCAAUUACCAAUUUUCGAAGCGCGUUCUGAUGGGCUGCAAAAUUUCCUCGCUUCAUUGAUAAUUGCAGGCAAUUAUAGCAUCCCUGAAGUAUGUGUCUUCUUUGGGAGCACCUUGAUGCGAGGAAAUAGAACCAGUAAAGUGUCUGCAGCAUCUUUCGAAGCUUUUGAUUCCCCAAAUUUCGGCCCAUUAGCUAUGGCAGGAAUUAAAAUUCAGGUGAACUACCAAUCGAUCUUUCGGCCCUGUGGAAUCGAAAAAUUCCACGUUCACACAACGUUGAAUCGCAAUGUUGGGCUUUUGAGGAUUUUUCCUAGUAUAACUGUAGAAUUGGUCAGGGCUUUUUUGCAACCACCAACUGAGGGAGUUGUUCUACAAACUUUUGGAGCUGGAAAUGUCCCGAUCAAUCGAGAUGAUAUUGUUCAGGAGCUAAGAAAUGCUAGUCGUCGAGGAGUUAUUAUUAUUAACAUCACACAAUGCUUGAAGGAUGGGGUCACGUCUGCCUAUGAGUCUGGAAAAUUGUUAGUCGAUUCCGGAGUUACUGUGGGCUAUGAUAUGACCCCAGAGGCAGCUCUCACGAAAUUAUCAUACGUUUUAUCGAAAACCAACUGGGAUAUUCAAGAAAAAAGAAAAAUGAUGGAAACAAAUCUGAGAGGUGAAUUAACAACCUGUGAGAGAGUGAACUUCCAGGAUCGUCAGCUAUUCCUAAACUGGCUUGGACUCAGUACUGAGACGGAAUUGAAUAAAUUGGCUCCUAUAAUAUUCCCAGCGAUGCUCAUUGAAGCCGUCAUAGCGAAGGAUGUUGAGAAACUAGAGUUGCUGCGACUCAACUGUGCAGAUAUAUCGCAACCGACGUCUGAUGGAAGAACUGCCCUUCACGUUGCUUGCAGCCUAGGAGACCUUGAUAUUGUUCGUAAAUUAUUGGAAAUGGGAGCAAAUGUUCACAUAAAAGAUUUGCUGAAUCGAACACCGCUUACUGAGGCGAUAGAACAUUAUUAUUACGAGGUGAUUGAGUUAUUAAUUCAAUGUGGUGCUCACCUCCACGAAGAUGCUGUUCAACUAGGAGAAAAGUUGUGUUCAGCAGGAGCUAAUGGAAACAUAAAACGUUUGCGCGCUUUGAAAUGUGCUGGGGCAGAUCUGAAUCAGCCAAAUGCCUCUGGAAUCACUGUCCUUGAACAGGCAGUUAUCUACGAUAAACCCAAAGUGCUACAAUUCUUGCUUGAUCAUCACGUUAAUGCCGACAUAAAAAAUAAGCGUGGAUUGAGCCCACGUGAAAUUGCCCAACUCCUCAACUGCGAGGAAGUUCUUAAAUUGCUUCCCCCAUCUGCAGCAAAUGGCACCGAAACCUGAAUUCAGAGGUGAAGAAUGUUUCGGAGUCCUAUCCCCCUUAUUCUUCAUGCAGAGAAUUUUUUUUUUUUAGGCAUUGUACUUUUUAAAGCGUCGAGAGAAAGCAUAACACCUUCUGUAUUUUUUCUACGCUGCAUGCACCCGAACAAUCGACUGUCAUGAUGAUUCUGCGGCAGUGAGGCUGUUAGGUAAAUUAAUGUGGCUAUUACGAGAAAAUAUUUAUGUAAGAAUUGUAAAACGUUUUUAUUUAUAUUCACACUGUUUUAAUAAACGUUCUAUUUUUUACCAA